AUGUAUCAGGGCCUCUCUGCCCUAGCGCCGUCAUCCACGGCACUUUUCUCCUUUCCUCUCUUUCUCUUCAUUCUCCUCCUCGCCGCGGCUCCGGUCUCGGCAUGGCGGCCAUGGCCCCAGAACCACCAAAUGAACAUCACCGAUUAUGUAUUCGGAGACUCCAAGAAAUACGAGGGGUCCUCUGAGUUCGUUAAGCUGAGGUACCACAUGGGACCGGUUCUCACCUCUAACAUCACCGUCCACACCAUCUGGUACGGGAAGUGGGACCGGAACCAAAAGAAGAUCAUCCGCGAGUUCAUUAACUCAAUCUCCGCCACUAACUCGCCACACCCAUCCGUGGCGGGAUGGUGGCGCACCGUGCAGCUCUACACAGACCAAACCGGAGCAAACAUUUCCAAAUCUGUUAAACUCGGGGAAGAGAAAAACGACCGGUUUUAUUCGCACGGGAAAUCACUGACCAGGUUAUCAAUACAGUCUGUAAUUAAAAGCGCCAUCACAGCAAAAACUCGGCCGUUGCCGAUCAACCCCCGGAGCGGAUUAUAUCUGCUGCUGACCGCCGAUGACGUGUACGUUCAGGAUUUCUGCACUUCGGUGUGUGGGUUCCAUUACUUCACUUUUCCAUCGUUGGUUGGGUAUACUCUUCCGUACGCAUGGGUGGGUAACUCCGCAAAGUUUUGUCCAGGGCAGUGUGCUUAUCCUUUCGCUGUGCCGGCGUAUAUCCCUAACCACAAACCCUUCAAGUCCCCAAACGGCGACGUUGGGGUUGAUGGCAUGAUUAGUGUGAUUGGUCACGAGAUGGCCGAGAUCGCAACCAACCCAUUGGCCAAUGCUUGGUAUGCUGGUCAAGACCCCUCUUUUCCUGUGGAGAUUGCCGAUCUCUGUGAGGGAAUUUACGGCACCGGUGGCGGUGGCUCCUACACCGGUCAGCUUUUGGACGCUCGAGAUGGUGCCACGUAUAACAUGAACGGCAUCAGACGGAGGUUCCUUGUUCAGUGGGUGUGGAGCCACGUUCUCAAUUACUGUACUGGACCUAAUGCGCUUGAUCACUGA